CAGACGGGGAACCCGGCCCUGGAGCCGGGAGUAGCGCCAGCGCCCCGGAACCACGCCCCCUGUUUCCCCGCCCCUCGCAUUUCGUUUUAGACCUCUCCCAGUCCUUUGGGACUCAGUCCGGUUUAUACUAGGUCUUGCUAGGGGCAGCGUGACCGGCCAGGGCGGAGAGAGGAUGCUUAACUCCUUAGGCUGGAACUCCUCCCUUCCUACCCACCUUUUUUCCCUUCUCUUUCGGGUAUUCAAGACUUCCAUCCCCCAGCCCUUGACUCUCCAGCUUUCUCCUUCUGUCCCAUAACCCCUGCGGGUCCCGGGCCGGACUUCAAGUCCCUACCGUAGCGAGCAGCUGAGGGUUAAGGGGGAGGGGCUGCUGCAUUUUUGGGGAGUGAGCGCAUCCUAGUGGCUGCCAAGAGGGGCGCCCGACAGGGACCUCACGAAGCCCCCGAGCAGGGGCAACAGGUGUUUUGGAGAUUAGACACCCUAGCCUUGUUCCUCAGGCUCCUCUUAAAGAAUCUGACCCCUGAGGGUGCUGGGUAGAGUGGGGUCGACAGGAACAGAAGACAGGUGAAGAAACAAGAAAACUAAGAAAUUCGAGCGGUUGGAGGGGGCUUCUGUGUGGAUGGGAUGGGGACGCCGGGGGAGGGGCUGGGCCGCUGCUCCCAUGCCCUGAUCCGGGGAGUCCCAGAGAGCCUGGCGUCGGGGGAAGAUGCGGGGGCUGGCCUUCCGGCUCUGGAUCUGGCCAAAGCCCAAAGGGAGCACGGGGUGUUGGGAGGUAAACUGAGGCAGCGACUGGGGCUACAGCUGCUAGAACUGCCACCUGAGGAGUCGUUGCCGCUGGGACCGCUGCUUGGCGACACGGCCGUGAUCCAAGGGGACACGGCCCUAAUCACGCGACCCUGGAGCCCCGCUCGUAGGCCAGAGGUCGAUGGAGUCCGCAAAGCCCUGCAAGACCUGGGGCUCCGAAUUGUGGAAAUAGGAGACGAGAACGCGACGCUGGAUGGCACUGACGUUCUCUUCACCGGCCGGGAGUUUUUCGUAGGCCUCUCCAAAUGGACCAAUCACCGAGGAGCUGAGAUCGUGGCGGAUACGUUCCGGGACUUCGCCGUCUCCACUGUGCCAGUCUCGGGUCCCUCACACCUGCGUGGUCUCUGCGGCAUGGGGGGACCUCGCACUGUUGUGGCAGGCAGCAGCGAAGCUGCCCAAAAGGCUGUCCGGGCAAUGGCAGUGCUGACUGAUCACCCAUAUGCUUCCCUGACCCUCCCAGAUGACGCAGCUGCUGACUGUCUCUUUCUUCGUCCUGGGUUGCCUGGUGUGCCUCCUUUCCUCCUGCACCGUGGAGGUGGGGAUCUGCCCAACAGCCAGGAGGCACUGCAGAAGCUCUCUGAUGUCACCCUGGUACCUGUGUCCUGCUCAGAACUGGAGAAGGCUGGCGCCGGGCUCAGCUCCCUCUGCUUGGUGCUCAGCACACGCCCCCACAGCUGAGGGCCUGGCCUUGGGGUACUGCUGGCCAGGGGUAGGAUAGUAUAGGGAGCAGAAGGGGAAGGAGGGUUAGAUAGAGAAUGCUGAGUAGGCAGUAGUUGGGAGAGAAUCUCAAUAUGGGGGGAGGGCAGAGUGUAGGGAAAAGGAUAGGGUCCACUGGGUGAGUCCUCCCUCUCAGAACCAAUAAAAUAGAAUUGACCUUUUA